AUGGAAGAUGAAGAUUUGGAAUUGCUGUUGUGUCAAAGCUUGGGGAGAAAUCGGUACCUUAUCUUUAUGGAUGACAUGUGGGAUAUUGGGGCAUGGGAUGAUUUGCAGAGCUCUUUCCCAAAUGACCAAAAUGGAAGUACAAUUUUGAUAACCAGUAGUCUCUCUGAUGUGGUUUUCAAAGUCACGCUGGAAAGUAAUCUUUUUAAUCUUCGUCCACUCUCUGAUGAUGAAACGUGGGAGUUUCUAAGAAUGAAGAUAUUUCCUAAACAAUGCUGCUCUGAGGAACUAUGGGAAGUCGGAAAGACAAUGCUAGGAACUGUCAAGGGCUGCCUCUUUCAUUUGUUGCAAUUGCAGGUCUCCUUAAAGGGAGAAACAUGA